CAUAUUUCUGGGACAGAAUCGCAGAUUCCACCCAUGCAGUGAUGCGGUCGCAGGUGCAGCCGGUUCGGGUGAAGAGUGCGACCCACUUAAAAUGUCAAAUGUGUAAUCUAAAAACUAUGUGAUAACAGUUUCUGAGGAAUGACAUGAAGCCUGAACAAGGUCGGACAUUAAAGUAGAUCCGGGUACCACGUAAAUCUCCUGUAAAAAUGUAAGUAUAAUUAUGACCAAAUUGGAAGAGCAAAGUAAGAUUACUCACCAGGAAGGAGUACAAACUAAUGCGUCAUUUUUUAAUCUUUAGGACUGUUGUAAAGUGCGGCGUGUCUCUGGCCGCAGCUGCCGGGGCCGCGUUUAUCGUUGUUCCUUACAGCGUCGCACUUUUGGCGCAGUGGUUGUACGGCUGGCCCGGGUACCCGGGACCCUGGAAAUACGUAGAAGCGCUAAGGCCUUGGCGGAUAUACGCUUUAACCAGAGCCGUGCUGGAAACUGUGAAGUACCUGAAAUACGGCAGACUGUACUGUCGGUGGAAACUGUGGUACAAGAAUAUCGAUAAUCAUAAAUAUUACGAAAAAGGGAUCGUUUUUGGUUCCCGUGGCGAGAGAUUGGAUUUGUACUAUUCCCCUAAAACGGACCAAUCAGAGGCCGCUGGCACCCGCGCCGUUGUGUUUGUGUACGGAGGGGCCUGGGGCUCAGGGGAAAGGGCCACCUACUGCCUGCUGUCCCUGCAGAUGGCCAGGGAGCUCAGUGCAGCAGUGAUCUGCCCGGAUUAUUCCACUUUUCCCAAGGGGAAUGUCUCCCAUAUGGUUCAAGAUAUCACUGAGUGUCUGCUGUGGUUGAAAGAAAAUGGACAGAAGUGGAACAUUGACACUGAGAGCGUGUUCCUGGUUGGCCAUUCUGCCGGCGCUCACCUGUGUGCUCUGACCACGCUUUUCCUGGCUGAGGGCUCACACGUGUUGGGCAUUCAGGAGGAGACCCAGAGGCAAAUGUUCUCCUCCAUCAGGGGAGUCAUAGGUCUGAGCGGCGUCUACGACAUUGUGGACCACUAUGAGUACGAACGGACGCGGGGGGUGGAGUUUGUGUCGUCGAUGCACAAGGCCAUGGGAGGGGUGGAGAACUUUCAUCUUUAUUCACCUAGAAGGUUCUUGCAGAGGCUUUCCCGAGACAAACUGGAGAGGCUUCCCCCGUUCUGCCUGAUCCACGGCACCGGUGACGUCGUCGUCCCCGUGGAAUCCUCCGUCCGCUUCUCGGAGGCCCUGGCCGCGCUCUCGCUGAAGGUGUCCCUCUAUCUGCUCCCCGACGUGCAGCACGCCGACGUCGUCACUGACCUCAUGGCCCCCGAGGGACGCUGCUACCACACAGUGUUCGGCUGCAUGAAGCAGAGCUGUCUGGCCCUUGCAGGAAGCCCCUCCCCCGCUGCUGCCCCUUGAUGGCCUUUGGAGUGUUUAGGCCUGUUAUUCCCUCUGUGGUAUUAAAUCUUACCCAGA